GCAAAUGUUGGCUAUUCGGUUGAAGCGGCUGGAAACUUUCCCCCUCCUCCCGUGCCCUUUGCGAAGCUAUUCUGUACUGAAUCAGCAUGGGAUAGAGUGCCUAGAAGACGUUCAGACCAAGCACAGCUAGCGCGUCCCUGCUGGUUCUCCAUUCUGCAUCCGUGCAGCCACGUUCUAUUGAUGGCCUGUUGUGAUUUCAAUGGAACAUCAUGGGAUGUACCUGGCACGUCGGGCAGCACUGGAUGGAGGUGCCUUUAGCCCAAUGUACCUGGCAUGGUGGUAAAGUGAAGGUGAAAGGAAGAGAAGGUGGAGAUGGAACUGCCAAAUCAUGCCAAACAACUGCUACUGCAGCUGAACCAGCAACGAGCCAAAGGUUUCCUCUGUGAUGUGAUCAUUGUGGUAGAAAAUGCCCUGUUUCGUGCCCAUAAGAACAUCCUGGCAGCCAGCAGCAUGUAUUUCAAAUCCCUCGUCCUGCAUGACAACCUGAUUAAUUUAGAUACGGACAUGGUGAACCCCACUGUGUUCCGACAGAUCUUGGACUUUAUUUAUACUGGUAAGCUCUUAACGACUGACCAGCCCGGUGAACAGAACUUUAAUGCUCUCCUCACCGCAGCAAGCUACCUCCAACUGCACGACCUGGCAGCUCUCUGCAGAAAGAAGCUGAAGCGGAAUGGCAAGUCCUUUGCUGGCAAGGCCAGUGGCCUUGGUGUUGGGAGAUCUGCCAGGAGUCAGAGACUUUCCACUGCUUCGGUCAUCCAAGCUCGCUAUUCAGGGUCAACCGAAGGGUUGAAGGGCUCACACUCAAAGGAGCUGUCAAAGGGAAAGCUCUCUGAUGAUGAGGUCUUCAUCAGCAGCUCCAACCAAGAGAACUGUCACUCCUUAAGCAGGGGAGCCAGUAAGAAUGGCGGUGGGGGCAGCAGUGCAAAUGGGAGCACUGGUGACCAGGAGCUAGGCCUUGAUCUGUCCAAAAAAAGCCCGUCGCUCCCUGUUGCAGCCUCCCACGAUGACACGCAGCACAGCGAAAGCCAACAUGGCUCUCCCCAAUCUGCCUCAGCCCCCGCAGCCAACAGUGCCUCAUCCUUUGACGAGUCUGGAGUUGGAGCCCCUCACAGCAUGGCGGACAGCAGUGACCCCAUGGAGAUGGAUCUGAGUGAAGAGUGCCACCACUCACUGACAGAGAGCAACCAGCGCAAGGGCCUCCGACACUCGUCCCGCAAGAAGGAAUGGAUCAAGAAAGAUAACGCCUUUGACCGAAAGGAAGGGAGUAAAGACAGAGACGAGGGUGAAGGCCUGCCCAAUGGUAUUCUGCUGGGGCCCUUGUCCAAGUCGGUUGAGCGGAGUCUGGCUGGGGCCUACGGUGCAGACCUACCAUACCCAUGUAAGGAGGAGGUGGAAAAUGGUAAGGAGAACAGUGAUGACAGCGGUCAGAGUGAGAGUGAGAGCGGUGGGCAUACUAGUGCCAACUACGUCUACCGGCAGGAGGGGUUUGAGCCUGUGGCCUAUGGUGACAACCUGUAUGUCUGUAUCCCCUGUGGCAAAGGCUUCCCCAGCUCUGAGCAGCUUAAUGCCCACGUGGAGACGCACACCGAGGAAGACCUUUACAUCAAGGAGGAAGGCACAUACGGCGGCAAGGAUGAAGCCGAGGAUUUGUCCAACCCCAACCAGUCCUAUGCUGCAGAGUCCCGGCCAUUCAAGUGUUCAGUGUGUGAGAAGAGCUACAAGGAUCCAGCCACGCUGCGGCAGCACGAGAAGACUCACUGGCUGACACGGCCCUUCCCUUGCAACAUCUGCGGCAAGAUGUUCACGCAGCGGGGCACCAUGACACGGCAUAUGCGCAGCCACUUAGGGCUUAAGCCCUUUGCUUGCGAGGAAUGCGGGAUGCGCUUUACCCGGCAGUACCGACUGACAGAGCAUAUGCGUGUCCACUCAGGAGAAAAACCUUACGAAUGUCAACUGUGUGGUGGGAAAUUCACCCAGCAGCGCAAUCUGAUCAGCCACCUGCGAAUGCAUACCUCUCCCACAUAAGCCAAAGACUCCAGAAUGAGCUUCGAGCCCAUCCGCAGUGAUUUACCUUUCUGUAGACUUGCUGCUUAAAAAAAAAGAAAAAAGAAAAAAACAAACAAAAAAGGGGGCAACUCCCCAUACUCUGUUCAGUCAUGGGAGGCCUAAACAAAUGUAGCUUUAACAUUUAAAAAAAAAAAGUUCCUUUUUUUCCUUUUUUUAAAAAAAAAGAAAGGUCCACAGCCAAGCUGAUGCAUUUUGCUCAACUCUCCCUCCAAAUCUUGGUGAUCUGGCAAGAGCCACUUCUUUUUGUGCAUGUUGACUUCAUUUUGAUUAUCUGAAACAGGAAGGGGGACCAUGUGGAACUUUUGAUCUCUGUUGGCUACCCCCUCCCUACCUCUUUCUUUUGUGUUAUUAUCAUGCUACUAAUGUCCUCUCUUAAAGCCAGACUUGACAAGUAUUUCUGGCUACUAAAAAGAAAAUAAAGUCCAUAUCCUUUUCAGUGGCCCAAGUAGCUAUGACACAACAUAGCAUUGCAUUGACAAGUGCAGAAGCUGUGUCUGUGGACCAUCCCACAGGGUUGGCAGCCCCUUCUAGUGCUGUGGGAAAGCCAUGGCAAUGGUGGAACCUAUCAUGGCCCUGCCCACGGGCGGGCGAUGCCAUGGUGGUAAGAGCAGUCUCCCUAGGCAUGCACCGACUAGUGUUUCACUUAAAGAAAUGGCAAUGCUUCCCUCACGGUCCCUCCCUCUUUUAGUUUUGGUCUUUAUCCAUGGCGCACACAACCACAUGCCACCUUUUCCCACAAAACACACAAACCUCUUCUGCCUUACCCAUGACUGAACAGGGACUGGAUGCCCUAAGAAUUUCUUUCAGUGAGCAGGGGGUCGUCUUUACUUUUCUAGUAGUUUCGUAUGAAUAUUCUUUGCUUAGAGGUACUUGUUUUAUUAAAGGAAAAACCAUUGUAACGUUUAUGUGAAUGUUUGAACUGGAAGGU